AUGCCUCCCGUCAUGGUCUCCAGCAAGACGGCCGCCCCGUCGGCCGACGACGUCGCCCAGCUCACCAAAUCCAUCUACUCGUCCAAGACGUCGCAGGAAUCCCUCGACGCCUCCUACGCCCUGACCGAUCUGCUCCUGAACAGCGUCGGCUUCCGUGGCCUGACCGCAUACAACAUCCUCCCUGAAGUCGCGAAAGCUGCGACGGACAAGAAGCAGGCGGCGAAGAGGGAGGGUGCCAUGUUCGCCCUCGGUGCCAUCUUCGAGCGGUUCCCGCCCAAGGCGAGACUCAGCGAGGUGAUUUUCCUCCUGAAAGAGCAGAACCUGGUGAGCUGUGUGCUGGAUGCCCUGUCGGAUCGGCAGUCGGCGGUGAAGGAGGGUGGCAGAUAUGCGUUGGAUGCGCUGUACGCACACUUGUCUGCCGAGGCGAAGGUCUACGGUCUGCUGCCGCUUCUGACACAGUACCUGCGUAAGAGCACGGGCAAGUGGCAGGGCGCGGUGGGCGCUUUCGAGCUUAUGGGUCGUAUGGCGGACGAUGCGAAGAUUGGUAUGGAGAGUAAAGAGAUUGAGCAGAACAAGGACUUGCUGCGUGAUGCUAUGGGCAGGAAGUUGGAGGGUUUGAUUCCGAUUGUGGAGAACGGCAUGCACGACCUCAAGGCGGAGGUGUCGAAGCAGGCGAUCAAGACGAUGAACAGUCUGGCUGAGCUGUUGCAGAACGACGAUGUGUCGCCGAGGAUACCGCUGUUGAUCAAGAGCAUGGAGGAUCCGAGUGCGGAGGCGCAGAGGAAGGCGAUUCAUGCGCUCAGCCAGACGACGUUCGUGACGAUUGUCACGUCGCCUGUGCUGGCCAUGUUGACGCCGCAACUCGAGCGUGCACUGAACACACCUACUACACCGCAGGAGGUUCUGCGACAGACUGCCGUCGUUGUCGAGAACCUGACCAAGCUGGUGCAUGAUCCUGUUGAGGCCAGGGCUUUCUUGCCCAAGCUCAAGCCUGGUAUCCAAGCCGUCAGAGAUCGUGCGUCUCUCCCUGAGGUGCGAGAGAUUGGAGCGCGGGCGUACGAUGUCAUGAUGAAGGCCAUGGGUGAGAUGCAGAAUGGCGAUUCCAAAACGAAUGCGGCUGCUAUCGAGCGGACAAAGCCUGAAGAUAUUCUCAAGCUCUUGGAAAAGGAAGUUCAGCAGAAUGGUGGUCUACUAAACUACCCUGGCGAUGCUGAAGUGUGGGCGGUGGCGAAGAACUACAUUGCGGAGAUUGUCGCGGAAGACGCCAACCAGCGUAUGCUCGAUCGAGUCGAGAAGAACAUCACCCCUUACCUUUCGCCUUUGAUGGAUGACGGCAAGGCACAGCUCGUUGCAGAAACCAUGCACAAGUUCUUGGUGGAGGAGGAUAACCGCAAGUUUGGCGAGCCCGUCAAGGAGGACGACGGCGAGACUGAGAUCGUCAACGCCAACUUCUCACUGGGAUACGGUGGUAUGCUUUUGCUGUCACACACGAAUCUGCGGCUACUCAAGGGACACCGCUACGGUCUGUGUGGACGAAACGGAUGCGGCAAGUCGACUUUGAUGCGAGCGAUUGCCAACGGCAAGCUCGAGGGCUUCCCGCCUCAAGAUGAGGUUAGGACUUGCUUCGUCGAGCACAACCAGGGCGAGGAUGCCGACUUGACUAUUCUUGAAUACUGCUGCAAGGACAAGGAGUUGCAGGGUGAGAGUAGGGAACGUAUCUCGGAGGUUUUGGAAGAGGUCGGCUUCACAUCUGGUCCUGAGGGCAGACAAUCGCAAAAAGUUGGCAGUCUGUCUGGGGGUUGGAAGAUGAAGCUCGCUUUGGCUAGAGCCAUGUUGAUGCGUGCGGAUGUCUUCCUGCUCGACGAACCGACGAACCAUCUCGAUGUUGGAAAUGUUAAGUGGCUGCAGGAGUACUUGAAGAGCCACACCGAGAUCAGCUCGCUCAUCGUCUCUCACGAUUCUGGAUUCCUGGACGAGGUCUGCACGGAUGUCUACAACUACGAGACCAAGAAGUUGGUGCAUUACAAGGGCAACCUUGCGGAUUUGGUCAAGGUCCGACCUGAAGCCAAGAGCUACUACACCCUCAGUGACUCGCAGGUGCAGUUCAAGUUCCCACCUCCUGGUAUCCUCACCGGUGUCAAAUCGAACACUCGAUCGAUCUUGCGCAUGUCGCACUGCACAUUCACAUACCCCAACGCACCCAAACCCAGUCUGCAGGAUGUCAGCGCAUCGCUCACGCUGAGCAGCAGAGUCGCCAUCAUUGGUCCAAACGGUGCUGGCAAGUCUACCCUGAUCAAGGUCCUCACUGGCGAGGUCAUCCCACAAGAUGGCAAGGUCGAGAAGCACCCCAACCUGCGUAUCGGCUACAUCAAGCAGCACGCUCUUGAGCACGUCGAGAUGCACUUGGAGAAGACGCCAAAUCAAUACCUGCAAUGGCGAUAUGCCAACGGAGACGAUCGUGAAGUGCUGAUGAAGCAAACCCGUGUUCUCACCGCCGAAGACAAGGCCCAGAUGGAGAAACAUGUCGACACCGGCGAAGGCAAAGGCAUGCGACAGGUCGAAGCCCUGAUCGGCCGACAAAAGUACAAGAAAUCCUUCCAGUACGAAGUCAAGUGGGUCGGCUGGCUCCCCAAGCACAACAGCAUGGUCUCCCGCGAGACGCUGAUGGAGUGGGGAUACCAGAAACUCAUCCAGGAAUUCGACGACCACGAGGCCAGCAGAGAGGGGUUGGGAUUCCGACAGCUGGAACCCAAGGUCAUUGCGAAGCACUUCGAGGACGUUGGUCUGGAUCCAGAGAUUGCGAAUCACAAUGAGAUUAGCGGGUUGAGUGGUGGACAGAAGGUCAAGGUCGUUCUUGCGGGUGCCAUGUGGAACAACCCCCAUCUCCUCGUCCUCGACGAACCGACCAACUUCUUAGACCGCGACUCCCUCGGAGGCCUCGCCGUCGCCAUCCGCGACUACCGCGGCGGCGUCGUCAUGAUCUCUCACAACGAAGAAUUCGUCGGCGCCCUCUGCCCGGAACAAUGGCACGUCGUCGACGGCAAACUCACCCAAAAGGGCCACCUUGCCGUGAACCUCUCUUCCUUCGAAGAAGGCUCCCGUCCGGGCUCAUCGCUCGCUUCCUCCGCCGCCGCCAGCUCCGUCGUCUCCAGCGCGACCGGCACGCCGAUCGGCAGUGGCGCGCAGAGCGAGGCUGAAGAAGGCGGGGAGUUGAAAUUCAAGGCUAAGAAGAAGAAGAAGUUGACGAGGGCGCAGAUGAAGGAGCGCGAGGUGAGGAGGCGGUUGAGGCAUAUCGAGUGGUUGAAUAGUCCCAAGGGGACGCCGCAUCCGCCUGAUACGGAUGAUGAGGCUUAA